AUGGACAAGGAGGCCAGACAGUUUGAGAUCGGGGCAGAUGGCGUUGGUGGAAAACAGCCUAGAGAAGAAGAGGUGACUCUGGGAUGUCACUCUGCAUGUGAGUAUGAGAUGAAGAUGGUGACGAAAGGGUCAGGGAUGGCCACAUUAAAAUCCACAUGCAUUGUAGUUUACCUUGUUAUUCUUGGACAAGGAAACCUGGAAAGGACAGGCGAUGAAGUGCAUCAUAGAGAUGCUAUUCUCAAGGAGAUAUUCUCAAAAUGGAGUAAAGGAAGUAGUUCGAGUUCAUAUAGAUCCCCCCCGGAAACCAACAGGAACCAGUCUGUGCAAACGUGGAUGAGGAAUAUCAUGGGGGGAUUGAAGAACCUUUUUCCCAGCAAGACCCUGCCGUCAUUAAACAAACCAAUAGACAGACACCGUCUGUCCGGCUUCCUCUACAACAUCUCCAUGUACCUCCAAGAGAUGGGCGCCGAGCUGGACGAGGUGCCCUCGGAUUCGGAUGAAGAGCAGCUGUGGGAGAAGGUGCUGCACUUCUUCCUCCAGUCUGAGGGGAGUGCUGCCCUGAACCAGUGGAAUGACCGGGUGCCCCCCCGCCCCAGCAUCAGAGUGCAGGACUGGUUCCUGUCCCUGAGGGGCAGCCAGCACUGGGACUGGCUGCUGGGGCUGAUGCAGAGUCUGAUCACCGUGUCCGAGCGUCAGCCCCAGCGGCCCCUCCUGACCCUCCUCUCUCAGAAUUGGAGAACGGUGAGUGCCGUGCUGGAAGCUGCCCUUCAGGCUCUGGUCAGUGGGACCUACGGUCAGGCCAGUGCCGGCCUGCAGGGCUUCAUCUGUGCUCUAAAGGGCCAAAAUGAUUGUGCCUUUAGUGUUAGCUGGCUUCAGCAGCUGUUGGAGUUCCUGGAAACGCGGAAUUGGAAACCUGUGGUCAGUUUACACCCCGCAGGGGAAGCUGCUGGACACAGCAGGGGCUCAAGUCCGUUUGGACGUUUUAAACCCUUCAGCUUGCCUCCUGAGGCCUUGAGACAGGAUGGACAGUCUGCAAAUGCAUCUGUGGAUGAGACGAUGACCACAGAGGAGGGGUCAGACUCCAUGCAGAGCUUCCUGCUGCAGGCCCUAUCGCGGUCAGGUGGAGGGGAACGGGGAGGACAUUUGACCCAGAGAAAUUUAGCUCUUGUGCAGAGUUUGGAUGGGCUGAGGAGGGGCCUUCUGCACAGAGUGGGAAGCUCCGUCUACGGUAACCUAAGGAAGAAAGUCUCCAGAGUUACCAUGGCGCUGCUUGAUGAUGUCAGCAGCUUGGUGGACGUUCCACAGUCCGACGCAAAAGGCCAGUGCUCAGUGGGUGACCUGAGACAGCUGAUCUUAUGGGGGAUAAGACAUAACGUGACGUGGAACACACAGGCUUUGGGCGUCGGUUCACAGGGCCUCCCAGACUCAUUCCCAUUUCUGUCCUGCCCGUCCACCGAGGGAGAAAAGCUACGGUCACAACCUCCACCGCCCCAGCCAUUUAGAAAAGUAACUCCUUCACAAAGAAUCUCCAAACAAAAACCUCGUCUUCAAUUUUCCACCAAGCCUCUCAGAAAGUUCAGAAAGGGCAACAGCAAGCAGAGAGAGAUGGACUAUUCCACCUCUGCAGAGAUCCUGGAGGCAGCGUGUAAUGAAUCCAUCCCAGGCUUGACUGGGGUCUCUAAUUUCACAGUAUUUCUGUACUGUCAACUGUUCGAAGGGGAGAACGGGUCAGUUAAUCCGGCCAUGGCUCACAUGGGGCUCGACCUGCACUCAACAUGCUCCGACGCGGCUUGGUACCUGUCGGCUGCUGAGGAGGACUACUUCUGGGUCCAUGUGUGCAGUGAGUUCUUUGCCCACGAAUUCAACAACACGGUGUGUGCCAACUCCUCCUUCUGGCUGCAGAGAGCUCAUCAGGCGGCUGUAGCAAAAGACUUCACUUUUUUCAACCAGACGAUAGACGAAUUGUGCGUACCGCUUUCGGACGAGGCAGCGUCCAGUCCAGGGCUCAGUGAGGCCUGUCUGUCUCAGCUGGACGGCAGAUCGCUGGACGCGGAGGCUUUCAGACACUGCUUCCUGCCCAACAACUCCGCCCUGAUCGCGGCUCUGUGCGGCAGAGCGUCCCCGGACUCCCGGCAGUCCCUCCCAGAGGGUAGCUGGGCUGCAGCCUACUGCUCCAGGAUCCAGAACUUCUCCUACGACGACGCCGACGUGGACGAUUGCCAGUUCAGGAAGUGGAGUGUGCAAGAUUGGACCAACUCCACUCUCCUGGAGCUGUGUGGACAGACAGAUGGCCUGAGGGAGCACGUCUGUCUCAACGCCACCCUCUACCCUCAGCUGUUAAGACUCAACCCUCAGUGGGCCGAGGUAUGCGCAGAUCUGCGGGCAGAGCAGGAGAGCAGGAAGUGCCUCCUGCAGAGGUUUUUCGACAUGCUACCAGCACCUUAUGCGUUUGACACAUCGCAGCUGUGCGUGGAUCCAUUCCCACUGCUGGCAGACCUGCUCAACAAGCUGAGGCAGUGCGAGGUCGAGGGAGGAGAGCGGGAGGGCUUUUUAGUGGCGCUGGGAUAUGUGUUGCGUGUCUUGGACUUCAUGGUAGGGCUCUCCUCUGGACUGGAUGAGGGGGAGAGAGAGGCAAGACAAGGCCUGGGUCAGGCCAUCCUUCUGUCCAGUCUCCUGGAUAACACGUCCUGGGCCAGGCUGCGGCAAGAAGCAUCCACCAGUGUCCUUCACACCGUGGGGGUCUUCCUGCGCCGAGAGCAGAACGCCUCUCUGAAGGGAGACCUGCUGAGCUGCUUCAGUCCUGUCCUGUGGGACCUCAUCCAGCAGAAUGACAACUCAUCUGCUCUCAGGGUCCUGCUGCAGGUACCGGCCUCCGCGGCUGUAUUUCCAUUUCACAGUGUGGUGCCCGGCAUGCUAAACACUCAGCUGUCUCACCAGGAGUACCUGCAGAUGCCAAGAGACAGCAUUCGAACUCUUGUGAUGUCUGCUGAGAAGGAUGCUGUGAAGAGAUUUCUCUCCCAUAUGCAUCAAAGCUGGGACCAGCUUCAGGUCGAGCCCAACCAGGCAUCUCAACAAGAGCUGCAGGCUAUGGAAACAAUGACGGCUGCUUUCAUCCACAAGUUCCCCCGAGUAACCCCAGAGCUGUUUGUGGAUCUUUCUCAGUUCAUCCCCUUCAUGUCUGUGUCGGACAUAAUGAGCCUCCCAGCAUCCCUGAUUGUCAAUGACAGUGUCUUAAUAGCCAUUCGUGACCACAGCUCAGGGAUGAAGUCUCUGCAAAAAAAGGCCUUUGUGAAAAGGCUUCUGCAGUCAAGUGAAGUGGGUGAUGCCCCCACAUGGCCACCAUACUUUCUCAGCUCCAUCCUCCCUCUUCUGCCUUACCUCCCUGUCAACCAUUUUCAGCAGCUGACGUCUCAGCAGCUCACACCUCUAAAGGAGUUGCUAGGCAACAGUAGCCUGGAUGGUGUAAGGGGGCGUUAUGUCCUUCGGACCCUUUUCAGUAAGAGGAAGAAUCUGACUGGUGAUGACAUACUGAGAUUAGGAGUUCUCGCAUGCUACCUGGAUCCAGCAGACUUGAAGUCAUACCUUCAGGACUCGGCAGUGUCCUCUGCUCUGUGGCAGCAGCUGUCCACGUGCAUGUCCAAGGGGCUCAUCAGUGCCGAUGGACGGCUGUCAUCCUGGCUGAUACCAGCCGUUAAAACCCUGAACAUCAGCAGCAUGACUUCUGCAGAGCUGUCAGCGCUCAGCGGUCUGCUCCCUCAGUUGGGAGCUUCCUUCCUGCUGUCUCUCCCCUCCCCACAGCUCCUGGAAGUCUUGUCACAGCCAGGAUUUCACAGUUAUUCGCCAGCACAGGCAUUUCAGAUUUUAUCAAAGAUUUCAAAGGAUGCCAAUCUCACCAUGGAGAAACUGUGCAGACUGAAGCCGUUGCUCUCCGGUCUCUCCCCUGCUGUGCUAAGAGGCCUCCAGUGGUCUGAUAUCAGCAAAACUGCCCACUGCUCGUGCUGGAGAACAACUCUAACUGAACUUAAGCCUGGCCACAGAGCCAUGCUGUACAAUGCAAUGCAGGAGGUUCUGUUCACAGACUUGAAGAACAUCACUCAGCAGGUGAACUGUCUACUUCCUUUCAUCCCCUUGAGGAAAAUGAUACAGGCGCUGAAUGGUGAAGCCAUAUGGAGAGGCAUCGGCACAUACAGAAACUUACAGUGGUCGCCGCAGCAGGCUCAGUUUCUCUUCAAUGAGGUGUCUGUAUUGAGGAACCUUACUAUCCAGUCUGUGAGGGAUCUGGGUCGUAUUGCCGGUGGUAUGAGUUGUCAUUUUUUAAGGCUUUGGACCAACGACACAGACUUUAUGGAGCUUCUUCAGUUUGUGAGCAAACUGCCUGGAGGCACAAGGCCAGCUUUGAGAAAAUGUAUUGUCGAUGAACUGAAAAAACAACCUGAACUUGACCUCAAUGCUCUAAGUCCUGGGUUUGCUGCCACAUUACCAGUAUCGAUGAUGGAGAACCUCUCUAACGCAUCAGUCAGAGCCAUUCUGGACCAUUUUGAUUCCCACUUUGUUGAUUUCCUAAGACUGCCAUAUUAUAAACAGACAAACUUGGCUGAGAAGACCAAAGUUGAGCUGCUCACCUCUCUGGCAGAAGGGCACAUUGAUGGCACCCUCCUGGACAUUCUUGGGCCGUUGCUGCCUUUCCUGGAACGGGACAGUCUGACUUUAGUGGACAGAAGAGCGCUGGCUCUGCGAGUGGAAGAGAUAAGAAGUUUCUGCCUUCCCAAGGAAACUCUCAGAGAUAUUAGUGAUAUUCUCACUCAAAAUGACCUCCUUGGAGAUCCAUCCAAAUGGCAGGAUGGAGAUGUUGAACAUCUGGGCAGGUUGUUGUUUGCUCUCUCAACAAAGCAGAUUAACUCCAUCCCGUUGACAGUGUUGAAUAAGGACAUAGUGGAGCAGGUCCUGGUGAGUGAAAAGCUCUGGGAGGAUAGCGCUGUUGGGGAAGUAUGUUUUAGUCGGUGUGUGGACAAGCGCCGCCAAGAACAGAAGACUCAGAGUCUGAUUCGAGGCAUUGUCAAAGCACGGAACAGGAGAGCAAAAGUGCCAGUGCCCAGCUGCGCAGACAUAAGAGGAACAUUUCCGUCUGCUUGGACGUCGGCUCAGCUCAGGCGCAUGUCACCAGAGGAGUUAAAGGAGUGUGUGGAAGUUUUUGGUCAGGAUUCCUCCCUGAACUCUGAGCAGCGCCGGACACUCUGGGUGAAACUCAGGCGGUCCUUCAGUCCAGUGAGGGAGCUGAGAGAGGACCAGGUGCUGGCGUUGGGCUCAGUAGUGACGGAGAUGGGGGACAGAGAGCUGCGAUACAGCAAUCUUACAGAUGUGGGUGUCAUUGCACAUCUGGGCACGCUGACAGACUGGAGUCCACGAAAGAUGAGGGCAGUGAUUGUUGGCGUGAUGCAGAGGCGUAGACUGAAAGUGGAGCAGUUUUCGGUUCUGGAUCUGGCGGCGUUUGGCCAUCUCAUCUGUGGUCUGCAUCCCUGGGAGAUGAAACAACUGAGCCCCCACAAUCUCAGCCUAGCUGUCCUGUUCUUGCGGGAAACAUCUCUGCCAUGCACAGAACAGCAGAUGGAGGCACUGACAAGCUGUUUGUCCAGAGCGGAGGCCUUUGGUCCAGUCAGUGAAUGGGGACCAGAAAUAUUCACUGAAAUUGGGACUUUGGCAGCGGGUCUGCCCGAUAUAGUGCUGUCAGCUCUGCUGCAGGAACAGGUGGAGGGAAUCACCCCUGAAGCUCUCGCCCUGAUGCUACCAAAAAAGAUGGCAGUGGUGUUCAGUGCAGUUCAGUUGUCAUGGCUGAGUGUGGAGCAGGCGUGGGCUGUCACAGAGGAGCAGUGGGCCGAGCUGGACACGGAACAGAGGCACGCUGUUGGACUCGCUCGGUAUGAGGGAGACAUCCUGCUGGAGCUCAGAGGAAGGAACUCAGCCCCAGUGGCUCCCAAACCAGACCGUCUCACUUUAUGCUCACUGGCUCUGUGCCUCUUGUUAUGGCAACUAAUUUAAAAUGCUGGAACGGCUUUUAAUUGUCCCUAUGACCUCCCCGGGUAUCAUAUUUGUACUUCAAAUAAAUAUUUUGAACUGCUCC